AUAUCCCGAAAAGAUUCGGGUUCAGUGUCGGGUCUUAAAGCAGUCCUUCACUAUUUAUCAUUCUCUAUUCGACGCCCUCAUCCACCUUUCAACGAAAACAUGGGUGCUGGACCCGCUGUAGUUUCGAGUGGCACUACUGCCUAUACUCAUCUUCUCGACCCGAAACCAUGGUUCAAGAAUACGCGUGUUCUCAUAUUGAACUUUUGGAUCGUGCUAAUGUUGAUAACGUCUACGACUAACGGUUAUGAUGGUAGUAUGAUGAAUGGUUUGCAGUCAUUAACACAAUGGAAUGUUGCAUUUGGCUAUCCUAACGGAAGCAAAUUGGGAUUACUGAACGCAAUACAAAACAUCGGUUCUCUGUGUGGUUAUCCAUUUGCACCAUACAUGGCUGAUGUCAUGGGGCGAAGAUACUCAAUAAUAUUUGGCGCGAGCUUGAUGAUUGCUGCCACUGUCAUUCAAACUGCCAGCCAGUCAGUGCAGAUGUUUAUUGGCGCACGUUGGCUGAUUGGAUUUGGGUUGACGUUUGCUGCAACUGCUGCUCCUUUGCUUGUGACUGAGGUUGCGUAUCCCUCCCACCGUGGUCAGGCGACAUCCAUGUACAAUACGCUUUGGUAUCUUGGUAGUAUCGUCGCGGCUUGGACUACAUAUGGAACUUUCACCGUUCCUAACAGUUGGGCUUGGAGAAUCCCAUCUGCACUCCAAGGUUUGCCCUCGGUCAUCCAGGUCUGCUUGAUCUGGUUCGUUCCCGAAUCUCCUCGUUGGCUCGUUAGCAAGGGAAAGGAGGACAAGGCACUCCAGACUUUGGCAUAUUAUCACGCCAAUGGCAAUGAGAAAGACCCUUUGGUCGAGUAUGAAUUUGAAGAGAUUAAAGCAGCUAUUCGUUUCGAUCGUGAAGUCGCUGCUAAUGUUGGUUGGAUGAGUUUGAUCAAGAACCCUGGAAACAGGAAACGUAUGCGUAUCAUCAUCGCUUUGGCUGUUUUCUCGCAGUGGUCUGGCAAUGGCUUGGUGUCUUACUACCUCAACAAGGUGUUCACGGAUAUUGGAAUCACUGAUCCUACCACUCAAUUGUUAAUUAACGGUCUUUUGAACAUCUUCAACUUCAUCGUCGCCAUUGGAGCAGGUUUUUGCUGUGACAGAGCUGGAAGACGACCGCUGUUCUUGGCAUCAUGCAUUGGUAUGAUCGUGUUUUGGACUUGCCAAACCAUCUGCUUCUCUAUCGACCAGCAGACUGGCAGUUUAGUUGCGGGUCAUGCGGUCAUUGUAUUCAUUUUCCUGUUUUAUGGGUUUUGUAAGUUUACUACCCUUGCCUUCACUCCCCUGAUUGUAUCUUACACGGUUGAAAUUCUGCCCUUCGCCUUACGUGCGAAAGGAUUCAUUGUGUUCAACUUCAUCUUGUCGUUGUCACUUAUUUUCAACCAAUACGUGAACCCUAUCGCUCUUGAGGCCUUGCAAUGGAAAUACUAUCUGGUUUACCUUUUCUGGCAAUGUUUCGAGCUCGUCUUUGUCUACAUCUACAUUGUGGAGACCAAGAAUCGAACUUUGGAAGAAACGGCCGCUCUUUUCGAUGGCGACGAUGGCUUAGCCCAGAUUUCCGAGAGAGCUGCAGUGAAUGCCGGCAUCGCCCAUCACGCGGAUGAACGUAUGGAGGAGAAGGAAAGCAAAUCGGAGUCCAUCGAAGUUGUUUCCAACUGAUUGACCCACCUGAUAUGGCUGUGGACUAAGAGAUAUAUGGACAUAUUUUAAGGGAAAAUAUAAUGCU